AUGGGCCAAGUUUUCACAUCCCAUACAACCAAUGAGGUAGCUCAAUCGCAUCCAACAACUGAGUCCUACACGACCUCGGCUACCACCUAUACUGCGACCUUAACAGAAGAAUCACCGCUAUUCGUUCCUCCAAAUCCGCGCCAGCUAGACGAAGAGCAAAAGGCUGAAAAUAAUGAGAUCCCGGACGGUGGACUUGUGGCCUGGACGCAAGUGCUGACGGGUCACUUGGUUGUAUUCAACGUAUGGGGCUAUAUCACGUCUUAUGGAUUCUUCCAAGAAUACUACGUUAGCCAUCUCAAUGUCAGCCCAGCCAAUGCAUCGUGGAUCGGAGCCCUGCAGAUGUUCCUUGUCCAUUUCCUGGCUAUGUUAUCCGGUCGAACCAUGGAUGCAGGUUACCUCCGGUACUGCAUCGCGACUGGCUGCUUCUUCCAAGUUAUGGGCGCUUUGGCAACCUCCUUCGGCACAAAGUUAUGGCAUUUCUGGUUAGCGCAGGGUGUUGUCAGUGGCAUUGGCCACGGACUCCUGUUUAGCCCAAUGAUCGCGCUAUACGCGACAUACUUCAAGACCAAACGGGUGAUGGCUGUCUCACUGGCUUCAUGUGGAGCCGCGACAGGAGGAAUGGUCUUCCCUGUGAUCGCAUACAAAUGCCUGAACGUCAUUGGAUUUGCAUGGACAGUCCGAGUUAUGACGCUUAUCAUCCUGGUCAACAGUGUUAUCAUCGUCACAUUCACCCGGUCUAGGAUCAAGCCUCGCAAGCCUCCUCCCUGGGUGGAUUUUAGCGCGUUUCGCGAACGCCCUUACCUCCUUUUUUCAAUUGGCUCGUUCCUGAUUUUCGAAGGGAUUUACUUUGCGUACAUCUAUCUCCGCCAAUAUGCCCAAGCCCACGCAGGAUUUUCAGCAACCGACUCACUUCUCCUUUUGAUCCUAAUGAACGGUGUAGGUAUCCCCUCCCGGAUUGUAUCUGCAUUCGUGGCAGAUCGGUGGUUGGGUGCGGUGAGGACCUGCAUUGCCGUCUCCAUCCCUUGCGGCAUCGCCAUUCUCGGGUGGAUAGGCGUGCACACCCACACCAGCAUGUUUGUCUGGGCCACCGUGUACGGGCUGCUGGUCAAUUGUGCCCAAAGUCAAUUGCCCGCCGCCAAUGCAUACUUCGGCUCGAAAGACCCAGAAAGGUCAGGCACGCGUGUCGGGAUGAUCACUACGAUCAAUAGUAUUCCACUCCUGACUGGGCCAUACAUUGCAGGGCAGCUGAUCGCCCUGCGGGGAGGGGACUACCUGUAUGCGCAGCUCUUUGGGGGCAUUUGCAUUCUGACUGGAGCGUUGUUUGUAGUUGGGUCUCACCUGUCGGGGGCCUAG